CCUCCGGGAGCCCCGAGUCCGGCUGGGGACUGCAUCAAGCAGCGCCCGCCCGCGCAGCCACCGCACAUCGGCCUCGCCUAGCCGCCUAGUCGCGGGGACCGCCAGCCAUGGCCGCACCGCCGGAUCUGCAAGAUGAGCUGCUGCCUCUGGCCAGCCCUGGGUCCCAGUGGUUCGGGGACCGGGGAGAGGGGGAGGACGAAGCGCUGACGCCGAAGGCGGCCAGGCCCGCGCCGCAGGCUGGGGAGCCCGGCCGGGGGUCGGGCGAUGGGGCUGGGGUGGCAGCGCCGCGGGAACUGUGCUCCGGCCCCGCCCGGCCGCCGCCCGUUGCCAUGGAAACUGCAUCCACAGGUGUGGCAGCUGUUUCCAGUGCCCUGGACCAAUCUUUUUCUUCGACACUAAGAGAUGGAGAAGGAGCAUGUUACACAUCUCUGAUUUCUGACGUCGGUUACCCACUUCAGGAGGACUCUACGUACUUUACUGGAAUUCUUCAGAAGGAAAAUGGUCAUAUCACCUCUUCAGAGAGCCCUGAGGAGCUGGGGACCCCUGGAUCCUCCUUACCAGAAGUGCCUGGGAUGGAGCCACAUGGCUUAUUGAGUUCUGAUUCUGGAAUAGAAAUGACACCUGCCGAGUCCACAGAAGUGAACAAGAUCCUAGCUGACCCCCUGGACCAGAUGAAAGCAGAAACCUACAAAUACAUUGACAUAACAAGGCCAGAGGAGGUAAAAGGUCAGGAGCAGCAUCACCCUGGCCUGGAAGAUAAAUCUUUGGAUUUUAAGAACAAGGACACUGACAUCUCCACAAAACCAGAAGGGGUUCAUGCACCUGAUAAACCAGCUCCUGUGGAGGGGAAGAUCAUCAAGGAUCACUUAUUCGAAGAAUCUACCUUUGCUCCUUACAUAGAUGAGCUCUCUGAGGAGCAGCACAGGGCACCUCUGGUCACUGCCCCUGUCAAGAUAACACUAACAGAGAUCGAACCUUCUGUCACAACUACUACCCACGAGAAAACCCCCGAGAACCAAGACCUCUGCCUGAAACCAAGUCCCGACUCAGUCCCUACCGUCACCGUCUCAGAGCCUGAAGAUGACAGUCCAGGAUCUGUCACUCCUCCAUCUUCUGGAACAGAACCAUCUGCCGCAGAGUCCCAGGGGAAAUGCAGCGUCUCCGAGGACGAGCUGAUUGCAGCCAUUAAAGAAGCAAAGGGAUUAUCGUAUGAAACCACCGAGAGCCCUCGGCAGGCGGGACAUGCGGCCGACAGACCCAAGGCCAAGGCCAGGUCUGGAUUACCCACCAUCCCCAGCCCCCUGGACCACGAGGCCAGCAGCGCGGAGUCAGGAGACUCGGAGAUUGAGCUGGUGUCAGAGGACCCCAUGGCAUCAGAGGAUGCGCUGCCCACGGGCUAUGUGACCUUCGGCCACGUGGCCGGUCCACCGCCGUCGCCCGCCUCACCGUCCAUUCAGUACAGCAUCCUGCGGGAGGAGCGCGAGGCCGAGCUGGACAGCGAGCUCAUCAUCGAGUCCUGCGACGCCUCCUCCGCCUCGGAGGAGAGCCCCAAGCGCGAGCAGGACUCGCCCCCGAUGAAGCCAGGCGCCCUGGACGCCAUCCGGGAGGAGGCCGGUGCGCGGGCAGAGGAGAGCACGCCCAGCGCGCCGGCACGGGUCCUCAGUUUCCCCUCCGAUGUUCCCCAAACCCGCCCCGAGUCGCCCUCCGGAGACGGAGCCCCGGCGCCGGAGCAGCCCACGUCGCAGCAGCCUGCCCAGGAAGCAGGGCGCUCCAGCCCAAAUCCCGCUGCCACGGAGGGCCCCGCGCUGCUUAGUCCAGGUUUCGCCCAGGCUCUGCUUUUCUUCAACAAGCAAAAAGCUAUUGACCUGCUGUACUGGCGGGACAUCAAGCAGACAGGGAUUGUGUUUGGGAGUUUCCUGCUGCUGCUCUUCUCCCUGACCCAGUUCAGCGUGGUGAGCGUCGUUGCCUACCUGGCCCUGGCCGCCCUCUCAGCCACCAUCAGCUUCCGCAUCUACAAGUCCGUUUUACAAGCUGUGCAGAAAACCGAUGAAGGCCACCCUUUCAAGGCCUACCUGGAGCUGGAGAUCACCCUGUCCCAGGAGCAGAUUCAGAAAUACACAGACUGCCUGCAACUGUACGUGAACAGCACGCUGAAGGAGCUCCGGAGGCUCUUCCUGGUCCAGGAUCUGGUGGAUUCCUUGAAAUUUGCAGUCCUGAUGUGGCUCCUCACUUAUGUCGGCGCGCUCUUCAAUGGCCUGACCCUGCUGCUCAUGGCUGUGGUUUCGAUGUUUACUCUACCUGUUGUGUAUGUUAAGCACCAGGCACAGAUUGAUCAAUAUCUGGGACUUGUGAGGACUCACAUAAAUGCUGUUGUGGCAAAGAUCCAGGCUAAAAUCCCAGGUGCCAAAAGGCACACUGAGUAGAUUGGUAUCCCAGCGGGACCUGGACGUGAAUGGGGGUGUCUGGAGUGGUAACUGCUCAUUUCUUCUUGUUACUGAAAAUCAAUUGUUUUCCCCUCCUAGUACCAUAAUCUUAGAGCAAACUUUAGGACAGCUGUUUUCAGGCUGUUCUUAUACUCUUAGGAUAUUUGAGUUACUUGUGUCAAGCACUAAAGUAUAGAGAAAAGUGUAUUAGAUGUGGUUCUUAAUUUUGUGUUGCUAAAAGCAAAUGGUGCAUGAUGGUGAGAGCCCACAUUCUCUUUCCUUCUUUGAUGUUCUUUGCUCUGCAAUGCUUCUGUAGCUUCUGCCGUCCCCAUGGCUAGGCCUUUCCUGCUGAGUGCACUGACGCAAUAGUGGAAAUUGCUUAUUAUGUCCUUGGGUUGCUGGUUGGAUUAAUCUUUAAUAACACUAUAUAGUAGGCUGAUGUUUUAGCAUUUUUCCAACACACACAACGUAAAAAAUAAGUAAAAAACAAAACAAAACAAAAAAAAAACAGUUGCCCGUACCUAUGGUAAUCAGUUUUGUAUAACUUAAAAUAAUUAAAUUAAGAAUAAACCCAAAAUGACACACCCAGUACUUUUGCUGUAUGGGAUGGAUGGGCUGACUUACAUGUAUGGUAACUAAAAAGUACCAGCAUGUCAACUUUAUUACAAUUUGUAUUACCUUCUCUGUAGUUCCUAGUGGACUUAAUUAUGGACUCUGGAUAUCUGCACUUAUGUACUUGAUACUGAAUGCAUAAAUAAAUGUUACUCAAUGUAGAAA